CCGCGCGCGCGUCGCGGCGACUACAUACAGAGAGGUAAAGACAUACUCACAGAUGCAGAGAGGGAGGACACCGCCUUCAGCUUCAAUAUCAAAGCCAAAACCAGGUGAUUUGAGGUCUCUUUGAUACGGUAGUAGAAAAGUAUCGGCAGUAGAAGAAUGGAUGGACAAGGAGGUCGUGGUGCCUAUGCACAGGUGACAGCACCUAUUGGAGAAGAUGGUCAGGUGACUGUCAAGCCAAGUGGCAAAAACAGGGGAGCAUCCUCAGUUUGUACGGCAAAGAGACUCUUAAUCGCAGCUGGAAUCGUUCUUAUCAUAGUGAUCAUCAUUGUCAUAGCUGUUCUUGUAAGCAAUAAGUCGAGUAGUAGCGAGAUUACAAGUGCAAAUACAACAACAAUUGCUGCAAUUGUGACCUCAAUGAUGGGAGCUGCCACACAAUCAACUAUUAAGUCUACAACAACCCAGCCGACACCUGCACCCACAACAUUCGGCCCUCCAGUCAGAGGGUCCUUCACAGGUGCAAUCGUCCUCGACACCCCAUAUCUGCGAUCUUAUGAUGAUGUUCGAGCCCAAGGCACUGAUGAACUGAUGACAAACUUCACACAGGCGAUGGAUAAAGUAUAUGCAGUUCCAAGUGCUGUUAAUUUCAUAUAUCAAAACACCAUUGUGGACCAGAUAGUUGAUGCUCAACCAAAGGUGCAGGUUAAUUUCACAGUGUCGUUGGAUGCCAUCAACCGAGGAGCCCGAAAUCAUCUUCUGACCACCCUAGGAUCCUUCCCAUCAGAUGUGAUGGAUACAUACACCGUGCUCUCUGUGGAUACAGAACCGGAGAAAAAGACCUCGCUUGAUGCAUAAGAGCAAGACAGAGAGACAGAAAGCCAGAGGCUUCAUUCUACUUGCAUGCACAUUUUUCAGUGAAAUGCAUCUCCAUUCCAAAACAUCAUGGCUGCCAACUCUCAAUCAAUGAGAGUGAGACUCUUAGAGAUUUUGUUUCAUUUAUAUGCAUUUCUGUUGAUUUUUGUCAUUGUGACCUUUAAUUAAGUUAUAUCAUUGGUCUGGAGUCUCACUCUGAACCGUGUGUGCAAGCUUGAAUGAGGGUGCAAGCACAAACGGUUGGAUAAAAAGAAUUAAUUGCAAACUUAGGGGUGUGCAAGGGUUUUCUGCAAGAGUGGAUGCAGUAAGGAUUUGAGAGAGAUCAUUUGAUAUGGAAAACAUACUCUGGAAAGAAAUCAAUUGAUGCCAAAACAUUUUAGAUGUCAGGAUGUACAUGUAAUGUUCAUUUGGACCUUCCUUAUUCACAUAUCAUUUCUUUGGACACUUUUUCGAACCUGUUCUGCGGUCCCUGAUAGUGACUGGCCCCAUAUCUCGUUCAGCUUGUCUGGUAUUCUUUUUCUGUGAUAAUCAGUCAUAACAUUAUUCUUAAUUCACUUCGUUUUUUCUUGUUUUGGACAAAAGUACAAACAGGAAGACAGCUUAGUGUACCGGUACUUAAGAAAAAACAAACAGGAAGUUGUAAUUUUUUAGCUGUUGUAAUAUUACAUGUAUCAGUUUCAUACGUGUAUAAAGUAACUAGUGAAUGUUCUAACUUCUAAUAUUAAAAUAUAUGAUUAUAUGUUUCUUAAUUUUCUUCACAUGGAUAAUAAUAACAAUUGUUCCAAAAGGAUUUUUUUUUCCAGUCAAUCUGACUUGGAAGUCAUGAUUCAUUGCAAUGUAAAAUCUCCUGCCCUUUAGUAUUCAGGUUUUGAUCAGAUGAUGUUUUGUGAAUGGACUGAAAUAAUAUGUUGCCCAAAAGAAAUACAAUCUGGAAAUAUACAUGUAUUUUAUGAAUAUACAUGUAUACCAUAGUUAGAAUGUCUAUCUGCCACAAACAUACUGGUAACCCUGCUAAAGUUUGGAUUGGGAUCACAGAAGAAGGUAAUAGUGAUGUCUGUAACAUAGCCACGUCACAACAAUUGCUUUGGCUUUGGCAUUUAUUGAAUUUCGGAAUAUAAAU